CCUUCAGUUGAUUCCCUUCCUCACUACGAUGCAGUUACUAAUUUUAUCUGUUUUGUUCAUUUUCGGUGCAAGCAUCAAACUUCCUCAAAAUUUUCUAAAAUGUAACCGAAGCGACCCAGACUGGAAAAAAUGUGUGUUUGAAGCUGCAGUUCACGCCGCCCCACAGUUCACUAAACCGUUUCCUGAAUUAAAUGCUCCCAAUAUGGAUCCUUAUUUCAUAAUAGAACUGAGCAUCAGUGCUGGAUCUAAGACUAUCCAGAUGGACCAAAACUUCACAAAUGUUAAGAUCUACGGCUUGAGUAGAGUAGAAGUUAUAGAUUUCGCGUUUGAUUUUGGAGCGAAAACUAUAUACCUUGAAGGAAUUUUUCCAGAAAUAAAGAUGACUGGAAUGUAUAAAUUUAAUGGUAAAGUUUUUCUUCUUCCAAUUUAUGGUGAAGGGCCUGGACAGGUAAUAUUCAGAAAUCUAAAAGCUAAUAUGACUGCGCACUAUGAGGAAAAGAAGAAAAACGGAAAAACGUAUAUUAAGGUGGUUUCCGCGCCACUGAAGAUGAUUCCAGGUUUGAUUCAAUUUCAGCACGACAACCUGUUCGACGGUGAUAAAACUUUGGGUGAUAAUAUAAAUCAGGUUAUGAAUGACAACUGGCAAGCUGUAUAUAAAGAUAUUGAAGACGGUUACACCCAAGUCGUUCAGAAAAUUACUGUUAACUUGUUUAAUAAUUUCUUUUCGAAACUCUCGUUAGAGGAAGCCUUUGAUUAAUCGUUUAAUAGAUUAGAAUGUAUGUAAGGGUUGACGUUGUAUAUGAACGCAUGAAAAUCGCACAUAUAUAAUUUCCCAAAAUGAUAAAAAACUGACUUAUGUUUAGGAUAAUAUGUUUGUAUAACAUUCCCUGUCCAAAGCAAAGUAAUAGAAAAUAAAAGCCUGGUGUUGGUGUUUAUUCAUAGUACUACACAAGUGUGUUCGUUUAAUUUUUUUAGUUAAAGUACCGUACGCAACAAGUCAUCAGUUCCUUACCAAAUGUGUAGUUUUAAAAAUGCGCAUUUGUUUCAAGGGUCAACACCAACCUAUAAUACAUGUUUAACAUAAAUCAGUCACUUCAAGUUAGUGUUGAGAGCACGUGCUGUGAUGGUCAAAAUUUCAUUCCCUUGAGGGAAAAUAUUGUAAUUUUUUAAUGAUUGUUUUUGAUAAGUUUAAUUUAAAUUUUUAUAUUACGGUAAUUGUAUGAAAACCAAUUAAAACUGUGUCUACUUA